AUGGGUGAUGCUGGUGUCGACAUUGGGAAUAUUAGCAGUCCUUGUGGCAAGGAUGAUGAUGGGGUGGCACUUAAACAUACUUUCCUUCUGUUCUUUAAUUCUGCUAAAUAUAUGUCUUUCUUUUUUUUACCCUGCAAUAAUAUUCCUUUGUUUUGUUUAUUCAUCACUGGCAUUUCUUUCUUUCUUUCAUUCUUUAUUUCUUUCUUUCUUUCUUUCUUUCUUUCUUUCUUUCUAACGACUUCUUUUCUCUUGUAUAUUUUCUUUCUUUCAUUCUUUCUUUGUUUCUUUUAUUCCAGCAAUCUCUUUUCUUCUACAUCUUUCUUUCUUACUUUUAUUCCAGCAAUCUCUUUUCUUCUACAUCUUUCUUUCUUUCUUUCUUUCUUUCUUUCUUUCUUUCUUUCUUUCUUUCUUUCUUUCUUUCUUUCCAACGAUUGCUUUUCGCUUGUAUAUUUUCUUUCUUUCUUUCUUUCUUUCUUUCUUUCUUUCUUUCUUUCUUUCUUUCUUUCUUUCUUUCCAGCAAUCUUUUUUCUUCUAAAUCUUUCUUUCUUUCUUUCUUUCUUUCUUUCUUUCUUUCUUUCUUUCUUUCUUUCCAGCAAUCUCUUUUCUUCUAAAUCUUUCUUUCUUUCUUUCUUUCUUUCUUUCUUUCUUUCUUUCUUUCUUUCCAACGACUUCUUUUCUCUUGUAUAUUUUCUUUCUUUCUUUCUUUCUUUCUUUCUUUCUUUCUUUCUUUCUUUCUUUCUUUCCAGCAAUUUCUUUUCUUCUACAUCUUUCUUUCUUUCUUUCUUUCUUUCUUUCUUUCUUUCUUUCUUUCUUUCUUUUCUUUCUUUCCAGCAAUUUCUUUUCUUCGGUAUCUUUUCUUUCUUUCUUUCUUUCUUUCUUUCUUUCUUUCUUUCUUUCUUUCUUUCUUUCUUUCUUUCCAGCAAUUUCUUUUCUUCGGUAUCUUUUCUUUCUUUCUUUCUUUCUUUCUUUCUUUCUUUCUUUCUUUCUUUCUUUCCAGCAAUUUCUUUUCUUCGGUAUCUUUUCUUUCUUUCUUUCUUUCUUUCUUUCUUUCUUUCUUUCUUUCUUUCUUUCUUUCUUUCUUUCUUUCUUUCCAGCAAUUUCUUUUCUUCUGUAUCUUUUCUUUCUUUCUUUCUUUCUUUCUUUCUUUCUUUCUUUCUUUCUUUCUUUCUUUCUUUCUUAAUCUUAGCCUUGUUUUCAUCAUUUCCCUUCGUUUUUCUUAUUCAGUUUAUUCUUUCUUCGGAUUUCUCAUUGCAACGCAUUUCACUACUUUUCUAUCAAACAAUCUUUUUCCUUCCCUUCUUAAAUUCUCCCGUUUCUAACCUUUCAGACCUAACGCCAAGAUUACUUAGAUCAAAACUUAUUCCAAAAUGUUCUUCCACCCUUAUCUUUCUUUUCCUACUAUCCGUUUUAUAUGAAAUGUUUUUCCUUGUCUUUACACUCUCAAAGGCUGAAUAUUUAUUUUCUUACUCUUUCUUUACUGCUUUCUUUCUAUCUUUCUUUAAUCAUUUGCUUGUUUCUUUCUUUCUUUUCUUAUCUGAUGUUCCUAUUCCCCCCUUCUUUUUUGUACGUGUAUUAGUUACUCUUAUUACUUUUAUUUCCUUUCCUUUUAACUCUGUUUUCUUCUUCUCUUAA